UUAGUUUAUCGCCGGUCUUCAAGCAGUAAAUAUGACUAUCCGCUGGGGCAUCGUAAGCGCGGGAAUGAUCGCCAAUGACUUCGUGAACGCCAUGAACAGCUUCCCCGGCAAGGGUGACCAAGCUGUCGUGGCCGUCGCUGCGAGGGACCGGAGCCGCGCCGAGGCGUUCGCGAAGACACACAGCAUCCCCAAGGUGUUCGACUCUUAUCAGGCUAUGGCGGAGAGUGAGGGGGUUAUCGAUGUAGCCUACAUCGGCGCUCUCCACCCGGACCACUAUCCGCUCGCCAAGCUCUUCCUCGAGCACGGAAAGCACGUCCUCUGCGAGAAGCCCCUCUGCCUCAACCUGAAGCAAACCCAGUCCCUCAUCAACAUCGCCAAGAAGAACAAACGGUUCCUCAUGGAAGCCGUGUGGUCGAGGUUCGCGCCCGCGUAUCUGGAGCUGGAGAAGGAGAUUGCGUCCGGGAAGUUGGGGGAGGUAAAGAGGGUGGAAGCGAACUUUGGAAUAACGUGUUUGGAUGUUACCAGGCUGAUCAAAAAAGACAUGGGCGGCAGUGCAGUCAUGGACCUCGGAGUAUACGUACUCCAAUUCGCGCAACUGAUAUUCAAGGACGAGCCGACCAAGGUCACGGUGGUCGGAGAGACGAACGACGACGGCGUGGAUAUCGGGGAGACCAUCAUCCUGGAGUACUCGGGCGGGCGGCGCGCCGUGCUUACUGCCGACGCGACCGUCAAGAUGUGGAACAAGGCCACCGUCACCGGCACCAAGGGACGCGCUACGGUCGAAGAUCCCUUCCACUUCCCCACAACCCUGAUCCACGCUGACGGCACAGUGGAGGAGUUCAAGCUGCACGACCUCAAGCUGUAUUCCAACUUCAUCAACAGCGCGGGACUCGUCUACGAGUCGCUGGAGGUCGCUCGGUGCAUUAGAGAAGGUCUGCUGGAGUCUCCGCGCAUGAGCCACAGAGAGAGCCUCGUGCUGGCCAAGCUCGAGGAGACCGUGCGGAAACAGCUGGGAGUGCAUUACGACAUUGAUGACCAGCAGUUCUAAGUUGAAACCGAAUUUUUAUA